AUGGCAACUGAGAAGAGCUCCAAUGAGUAUGAAGGGUUGCUACCUUUUUGCUUGAGGUGGGUGAAGCCGAUAUUCGCGAAGCUCCCAGCCAUGGCGGUCGAGCUAGCGACAAUGACAACGAAGCUCGCGAAGGACGACACGAGAAGGGUAGUUCAUGCUUUGAAAGUGGGAUUAGCUAUAACUUUGGUGUCUUUGUUCUACUAUUUCAAGCCUUUGUAUGACGGGUUUGGAACCUCCACAAUGUGGGCUGUUGUCACCGUCAUUGUCGUCUUUGAGUUCUCCGUUGGAGGGACACUAGGACGAGGUUUGAAUCGAGUUAUGGCAACUCUUUUAGCUGGAGCUCUUGGGUUCGGAGCUCACUAUUUGGCAAGCUUGGGUGGAGAUACUGGCCGACCAAUAAUGCUUGGCUUGUUCGUGUUCGUACUAGCUGCAAUAUCAACUUUCAUAAGAUUCUUCCCAAAGAUGAAGGCGAGAUACGAUUAUGGGCUGCUCAUAUUCAUCUUGACAUUCUGCAUGGUAUCAUUGUCCGGAUAUAGAGACGAUGAAAUUGCAAAGCUUGCAUAUAGUAGGAUGCUAACCAUUCUCAUCGGAUGCUGUUUCACUGUCUUUGUUUGUGUUUUUGUCUGUCCUGUUUGGGCUGGCACUGAUCUUCACCAUUUGGUCGCCAACAACAUUGAAUCUCUUGCCACUUUCUUUCAUGGGUUUGGAGCUGAGUAUUUUGGAUUACUACAAGAGCAAGGAGAGGUUGGCAAGGUUGACAUGCAAAAAUAUAGAACCAUUCUAAACUCGAAAUCGAACGAGGAAUCGUUGACUAAUCUUGCAAGAUGGGAGCCUCGCCAUGGCAAGUUCAGAUAUCGCCACCCUUGGAAGGUAUACUUGGAAAUUGGAAGCUUGAAUAGAGAGUGUGCAUGUCGCCUUGAAGUUCUUAAUGGCUACCUUCAAACGAAACGAACUCAAAUGCCAUCUCAACAAAUCCAUGGUCCAUUUCAAGAGGAGUGUAUGAAGAUUUGUAGUGAAUUAAGUAAUGGAUUAAGAGAAUUAGCAAUGGGAUUAAGGAAAAUGGUUCCACCACUAACAGCCAAAGCCCACAUAGAGAAAGCAAAGAUUGCAGCUGAGAAUCUCAAGUCCCAUUUGGAAGAAUGGAGAUUUGAAGAAAUGAAUAAUAACAAUAAUGCUUUGGAGAUUGUUCAUGUUGCUUCUUUGUCACCACUUCUACUUGACACCAUUUGCUGCAUAGUAAAGAUUGUGGAUUCAGUCCAAAAGCUGGCUUCAAUUGCAGGCUUCAAGGCUGUGGAAGUUCCAUCUAGUGUAGCACCUGAGCAAGACCAGGGUUCAAUGCAGCCAUGCCAUGGAGAUGUUCUUGUAGCUCAUCAUGUCAUUAUGAUUCAUGAAGAAGCUCCUUGUUAA